AUGUUCACGCCUGAGACGCCUGAGGAUCCUGAGCCAGAACAGCAGACUGGCAAUACUCGUCCUCCGCCCGCGCACCCUGGUGCGUCGAUCGAACUCCCAUAUCGUCAUCAGGACUCAAAGAAGCCGGAAGAAUUCGACGACGACGAGUUUCUCGAGGCGGCACCAGAGUUGGAAGAACCUGCGAGGCCAGCGCACCAGCCAGGAGCUCCCGUCUCCGAUGAGAAGGAGGUCGCGGAGUACUCGAACGAGGCUCGAGUCUACCAAGCGCGCUACGAAUCGCUAUCCGAUGAUCACGACAACGGCCGCUUCGCUGCCUGCCAGGAGGGCUGCCUCGACCUGCUCAGCGAGCCGCAUCUUCCACGUUACACGCCCGCCGAGCGGUGCCUCCUCGAGGCUGCCGAGAUCUUGGGAAAGAUGGAAGGCGCGAAGGUUCAGGUGAAGCUGCUGGAGGAUGACAAUGACUUGAUGCUAGCCGAUAUCAAGCAGUGGCGUGUGGAGAACGGUCUCGUUGGUGUGGAUCUCGAGGAUACCUUGGAGGACGGAAAGUCGAUGUCGAGCGAUGACUAUGUUCAAUUCGACCGCGACAUCGAAGCAGUGCUGGAGAAGGAGCUGGAGGAAGAAGUGCAGCGCGUCAUGGCGUAUGGCAAGGAGGAUAAGCUCGAUGGUCCUGCUGCCGGCGAGGAGUAA